GCUCCCAGAGAAUUGCCGUAGAAGGGCUCAUUAUUUGUAGCGGUCAGUUGACACACAACAACAGCAAGCACCAGUCUCAGACGGCGUUGGCAACUCAACGGUAAAUACAUUAAAAAGAGAUGAAGCCUGUCACCCUGCUGCUUCUCUCCCUGACUUUUCUGGUCAGUGCGUCGGCCAGAAGAGGUGGUGGCGGGGGUUUCAAGAGUGGUGGUAUCAGCUGGGGUCGCAAAACCUCCUCCACCGGUUCCCGCACUAGCGGCACCGGUGGGUCGUCAUCACGAAGACCAAGCCAAUCACAGCCAGCGAAUUACCCGCGGCAACCGCAGAACCCUCCCCCAUAUCCUGGAGCUGGAGCCCCGCCUCCUUAUCCUGGAGCGGGAGCCCCACCCCCAUAUCCCGGUGCUGGAGCUCCGCCCCGUUACCCAGGAGCAGGUGCCCCGCCCCCUUAUCCCGGAGCUGGUGCCCCGCCCCCUUAUCCCGGAGCUGGUGCUCCGCCCCCUUAUCCAGGAGCAGGUGCACCCCCACCCUACCCUGGCAGGCCCUCGUUCCCAAACCAGGGAUCCAACCCAGGUGGAAUGUACCCAGGGAGGGCAAAUCCGUACCCACCCCAGAGUGGGGUUCCAGGUCAGGGCUCUUAUCCGGGGGCUGGCAGGUACCCUGGCGGUGCGGCCAAUCCUUACCCAGUUGGGGGAUCGUACCCUGGGUACCCAGUGAGGGGAGGCGGGUAUGCUGGUGGUGGAGGUGGUUCAUAUCCUGGUGGAGCAGGUGUUGGAGCAGCAGGCAGCUACCCUCAGCAAAACCCUUACCCCAACUGGAACCCUAAUAACAAGAUCAUAAGUCCUGGCUAUGGAGGCAGUUAUGGUUACGGCUCCCGAAGCUAUGGUCAGGGCUACGGUCAGGGCGGCUCGCCGUUCGCCCAUUCUGUGCAGAACAUGGGCUACAACCCCUCUGUCCGGUCCCAGGGCUUUGGCAGGCAGGCGAUGAUGGCAGCUGGUGCCGGGGCCGUGGCUGGCAUGGCUCUGGGCUACGGUCUGGGCAGCUUCCCGCGCCCCCACUUCAACUUCCACAGCCCCCAGGAAGAGUACUACUACAACAACUACAUGUACCGCCGCUACGGCUCCAGUUACUCCGGCAGGCCCCAGGAUGGUGAUGGAGGUGCUGGAGCAGCUGGUGGCUCUGCCCAGGCUGGCACAGGGGGGGCAGGGCAGGGAGGUCCCGGCGGGAAUCCCCCUCCGGUUCUGCUUAGCCCACCACCUCAGGAGUACGACACGUACAUGGACAGCUGCAUGAAGAGGAGUGACCUGCUGCGCAGUAAGAGGAGCUUGCAGCAGGGCGGCGGCAGUGAGCCCCAGGUGGAUGAGCCGGUGGCUCUCGCACAGCAAGCCCCGGCUGAAAGCACCGACAGCACCCCAGGGCCCGCUGCUGCCGACUCCGAGCCCAGUGGAAACAUCAGUGCCGGAGCAACAGCCCAGUCCCAGAACGCCACUGACGGGUCCCCAGUCACCAACACCAGCACCACUGUCGCCAAGGAGGAGAGCACGCAGGAGCCUGAGAAAGGGCCAGAAGAAGAGAAGAAGGCAGAGGAUGAGGUCGUCAGCAUCAUGGAGAUCGGCUACCCUGUGCUGAUCGAGCAGCUGAAGGCUCGUAGAUGCAUCGAGCUCUACAUCGUCUACACUCAGCACGUGGCACAGCAGCAGCAGGAGCAGCUGCAGCAGCAGAUCGGAGAUCGAAGCAACAACAAGAACGGUUACAAAGUCAGUGGUGGAGAAAAGCUGGGGCCCCUCAACCAGGGGACAAUGCUUCUGCUGUCCAGCACUCUCUCACUGCUGCUCAGCCUGCUGCUCUUGCACUGAGGGGACUGGCUGGUGGGACAUUUUGGAUUCUUGACUUGCUGACAAAUAUCUGUGAUUGAAUGCACUGAUCAACAUUCAGGGUAUGGGUGUUAAAUUAAACUAAUUUGUUGGAUUGUUGGAACGCUGUCGUGAUAACAUUGCAAAAGUGUUUGCACUUACCUUGAUAUUUCAACUAAUUUAUUAACAAAUAAUGUAUUUGGAAGAAAUAAUGCUAACUAUGUUAACAAAAUAACUGUCGCUAUUUUCUCACUAUUCUCAUGCCACUUGAAUGCAUGGAGUUAUUUCCCAGACUUGCAGAGAGUUAUGGAUUAGCAUACCCUUUUUUACGGACACACAAAUUGAGUUCUGUCACCUUCAUUUGUGUGUGGAUGCGUAAAUGUCCGAAGCAUUAAUGUGUAAAGUGCUUUGAGUGCUCUAUGAGUAGAAAAGCGCUUUAUAAAUGCAGUCCAUUUACCAUUCACUUUAGUGUGCUCUCCUGGGAAAGAACCAGCCACUUGACUUGGUGGAAAUGAUCAAUCACUAGCAGCUAUGACUAUAUGUCAUAGGCUAUUAAAAAGGGAAUCAUGAAGAUAAUGUUUGGAAAGUUCGAUUUGAUCAGGAGAAGUUUUCUUUACUUUAAAUUGAUGUCUGUGGGAAAAUUGUAUUUUGUCGGCAUAAUUCAUGUUCACCCGGAAAAGACUGGCUGUACAUUAAUUUAGCCUCAAGGCCUAAGCAGCACAUCUGUCAUAAAAAACAGUCAAAAUGAAGCAUGGCUAAACUGUCCCACUUACAAUCUAAAUUUAGCAUGUUGAAACUAUAAAAAUAAUGUACGGUGCCCCAUCUAGACCAUAAAAUCUAACACAAGAUACAUUUUUGGUGUGAAUAAUUCAGCUUUUAAUAAUUAACACAUAAUUGAAUGUAAAAGAAUGUAAUGUCUGCACUGUGUGUAUGUACGGAAGGAGAGCACUUGAUGAUGAUACUGUUGCUCUUACUUUAGGUAACUCUGUGACUGCGAAAACGUUCUGGAUACUGCGUCUGUGCGUGGAUGUCUUUGUGACGUGUUAUGUCUUUCCUGCUGUGUGGUCAACUGCCUACUGCUGACACAACUAACAGUUUGCUUUGUGUUUUUUAGUUUGUACUAUGUAUUUGUUUAUUCAUUAACAGAUGUUUAUUCAUUAACAGAUGUUCCAUUCAGUCAUAUUUCCAGUUGUAGUGUGUGUGUGUGUGUGUGUGUGUGUGUGUGUGUGGGACACCAGUAAGCACACAUGGCUCAUGGUCAAGUUCCUGUUAGUUCAUAUAAACUGAAGGGACAGUGGUGUGAACCAGUUCUCUUGGCAGUCAUUUAUUCUAGCUGGGUGUUUAAUAUCCAUUCCCCAGCUGAAGACGUAUGCCCUCCCGCUACAUUUCACUCCACUUGAUUCACUCACUCACUAAUCUUAGUUACAACAUCUUAGGGUUAAGAUGUUAAGAUUUGUUGAGUUUAAGGUUCCUCUAUGGACAAGGCAAGUACUAAGAGGUCACCGUAAUGCAUGGUGCAACAUUUCAUGACUGCUAAAGCCAUAUUGUAAAGUAUGUUUUUUGGGAGGUUGUCUCUAUACUGACAUGCACUUUUUUUAAGGUAUGGUUCUCAUAGGGACAGUGUAAUUGCUGGUAUAGCUGGUAUAGGUCAAGAUUCGGCAUUACUCUUUGUACUGAACUAAAACUUGGCGGUCCUAGAGCAGGCAGGCGUUUUUGUGUAAAACACUCCAAAUCAUCAGAUCCCCCAGAUGAACUUGUUUUCCCCACAAUCAUAUUAGCUGCUAGAUAUAUAUUUUUUGAUCCUGUAAAAGGGAAGACAUUGUACUAACAUGUUCUUGUCUCGGCUGUAGACUUGCUGAUGUUCUAGUGUGCUGUGCACAAAGAGAGUUUAUUUCAUAAUUGGAAACUGUUUGUUACUGUGUGUCUGUAUGUAACUUUUGAGGUGAACAUGCCUGCUGUGAGUAUUUUAUUUUCAUAUAGUACCAAUAUGUUUUCUGCCAGUUGACAUUACUGUAGCAAACUGCCAACACUGGCAAUGUGUUUUGUUUGAAUUUCUACAAUUAUAUUAAAGGGCAGCAAUUUUCACAGCCCAGUUUGGACUUAAGUGAAAUCGGAGCUUAAUUUGGUUCUCAACAGUCCUGUUGUCUUUCUUUGAUUUCAGUUUGUAAAAGCUAUGAGCACUAUAUACUAUGCCUUUCACCUAACAGUAAUGCUAUCAUAUGGGUAGGUUGCCUUUGUCUAAUAAGAUUUUGAUGUAAUGCAUAUGAUUGCUUGAAUCGGUGCAUGAUUAUCUGUAGUCUACUUUGUGACUACUACUGAAUGUGAACUGUCUCACAGUUACAACUCUCAGUUCUCUCUUGCAGUUUAUAGUUGGGAAGAGCUGCAUCGUGAUAUAAAAACCUUAAAAGACAUUAAAAGUAAAUUGGGACUAAUUGCUAUCAGUUGGAAUAUGGAGUCAACAACCAAUAGACCUCGUUUUCCUGACAUGCACUCCACGAGGAAAAAUACUAAUUGAAAGCACAAGGUUUGUGUCAAGAUUUUUUUCCGGAAGCCCCUUCCUUGUCAACCCAUAUCCCAGAGCUGGCUUUUUGUUUUUGGAUGGCAUUGUUUCUGCCCUGAGACUGUUCUGCAAAUAAAGUUACUUGGAUUGUUGAACUUGA